UCUGAGUGGACAGAGAAAAAAGCAGUGAUGCGAUGUUCAAAUGGCAACUUCUCUAAAACACACCAGGUUAUUUUGUAAAACCACUAAAUAACGCGUCAGGAUCACAGAAUUCCAGAGAAACGGAGGAGGAAAGAGACUUCCUCUGUUUCCCCUGCACCCACCAUGGGGAAGGAUGAUGUGAAGACAGACAUCAGUCGGGACCACCCUUUCCUGUCGGACAUCUUUCAUCGGGUAACGAGGGACGUCAGUGACAUGACACGGGAGGUCCACCACUGGGAUGAAGAGGAACGCGCCGCCUCUGUCGACGAGCAGGAGAAAGAGACACUGGGUCCAGUCACAAUACAGAAGGUAGACGACUAUCUGGAUAAGUUCUUCUCAAGGAGGGUGGCGUUCACUGAAGAAGACUUUCAAAUCACAAGAGAUGCCAAAAAGCCAGAGAGGACACUGAAAAAAGACACGGGUCUAACCCAACACAAGUCCACCUUUGCUGAAGUACUUAAAGCUGUCCAAUUUUUCUUGACGGGUAAAUUGGAUGUGAACGAUUGUUCAAGACCACCUGAGUCCGAGACUGUCGCAGAUACUCAAGUGUCUGAAACUAAACCUGCAUCUUCAAAGUACGGAGAUAAUGAUUUAAUGUCGGAUAUUAAGUUGGACCACACGGUUACAAGUGUCUUCAGUCAGGUAACGAAGGAUGUCAAUCACCUGGUACAGAAGGUCCAUCGCUGGGAUAAAGAGGAAUGUGCCAUGUCUGAGGAUCAGGAGGAGAAAAGCAUGCUAGGUCCGACCACAAUACAGAAUGUAGACGACUAUCUGGAUACGUUUUUCGCAAGGAGGACAGCAUUUGCCCAAGAGGAUGCAUGGAAACCCAAAAAAGAGAUGAGUCUGUCCCAACCGAAGUCUGCCUUUACGGAAGUUGUUAAAGCUGUAAAAAAAUUCCUUCCAGUUAAAUUGGAUUUUGAGGAGCCUGAAACAAGACCGUCCUCCAGAAAAUCUACUGGUUCAGAGGAGAGCGCCACCGAGGACCUCCAGCCUGUCAACAGUCCAGUUACCGUGGAUGAGGGUCUUAGUGCUGCUGAAGUUAAGGAGGAAGUAGCGGAAAGUGGUUCUGAGACCUCUUCAGCCAAGUCCGAGAAAAUUGAGGAUUUUGAACUCCUUGUCCCUGCUGAAGAUGAGAUGGAAACCUGCGGAAUCUCUUCAGCUGAUGAUGCAGAUGCACAUGUCUCCAAGUCCCCUUCACCUGCCCCUGAAGAAAUAACUGAUGACACUCAACAUGGCGUCUCUCCAGCUACGCUCGAUGGGGAUGCGAGUGCUGCUGCUGAAUAUGAGAUGGAAACGUCUACCCUUGCAGUAGAAAUCAGUUCUCAGACCUUGGAGGAGAUCUGCAGUAUCUCUUCAGCUGAGUUAGAUGAAGAGGUCUCUGAGAUAGACAGCAAGAAAACAGCUUCCCCCGUUUCACCUACGACCACUGAAGCAUCUACCUUGGAGGUAGAAGACGGUUCUCAGACCUUUGAGGAGACUUGCAGGGUCUCCCCAUCUUCAUCUGAGUCGUCAGGAAAGGAAGAGAAACUUAUCACUUUUGCUCAAACUUUGUUAGAUGAGUUUAUAAGAGCUGAUCCUGACGCACAAACAAGUCCCCCUGAUGUAGCAAAGAUUUGCUCCGAGGUACUAAGGGACUCGGGUGGUAUAUGUGCAGGUUUGGAAGUUUCACAGGAUGACAAGCUCACAGCCUCCAUUAACCUACCAAGAAUCACUGUAACUAUUGAGGUGUCUGAGGUAGUAAGUGUGUGUUCUGAGACCACCUGCAAUAUAGAACUGCACUCUCCAGUUGUAUCAGAGGAUACCAUAGAUGUUGAAGUCCCAGAGAGCAGACCAUCAUCCAGUCAUUUAGCUGAAUCACGAGGCACCAGAAAACCACCUCCCCCUACUGCUGAAGCAGUACUUGAUGAGUUAGAUGCAGUCACAUCUGAAGUAGCAGACAGUUGCACCACGGCCUUAGAAGACAUCUGCACAUCCUCUUCAGCUAUGUCAGAGGAGGGUAGAAGUGAAGGAGUCCCUGAGUUGAGAUCUCAAGGCAGCAGAACUAUACCAUCCCCUGUUUCCCCUGUGUCCACCGCUGUAGCAGUCACUGACAAAACCCAACCUGGCAUCACAGUGGAGUCUACUUAUAAGGUUUGCACUGAGGCCUUUGAAGAGACCUGCAGUUUCUCUCCAGCUCAGUCAGAUGAGUGUGGAGAUGAAAAAGCUGCUGAGACGAGACCAUUUCUCAGCGACUCUAUUGGACCACAAGACGGCAGGAAAACGGCUUCCCCUGCUUGCUUCAUACCUCACACUGGAGCAGUAAGUGAUGACACCCAACUUGGCAUCUGUCUAGAUACUCUGGAUAAGUUUCAGAGUGUUACUGUUAGAGUUGAGGUUGAAACGUUCACAAGUGAUGAAACAGUUGGUUCCUCUGAGGUUUUCGAACAAACCCGCAUUCUCUCUUCAGUUGUGUCGGACAAAAUCAUGGGUUUGGUUGACAAUGAGGUUCCAAGAGCUGCUGCUGAAAAUGAGAUGGAAAUGUCCGGCCUUGCGGUAGAGAGUGUUUCUCAGACCUUUGAAGAGACUGGAAGAGUCUCUCCAGCUGUAUCUGAGUCAGGGAAUGACGAGAACCUUUUAAACUUUGCUCAAACUUUGUUAGAUGAGUUUUUAAGAGCUGAUCCUGAUGCAAAAUCAUCUCCCCCUGAUGUGGCAAAGAUGUGCUCUGGGGUUCUCAAAGACACCGGCAGUAUCUCUCCACCUUUAGAAGAUACUGACACAAGACCAUCCUCCAGCCAUUAUAGCGGAUCACAGGAUGACAUGCACCCAGCCUCCACUGCUUUGUUAACGCCUACCACUGCCACACCAUUAUUCACUUUAACUCUUGAAAUGUCUGAGAUAGCAGAAAAGAUAGCAGAGAACUUUAAGGAUACCCACAAGGUCUCCCCAUCUGUGUCAGAGGAUGCAAUAGAUUUUGAGGAUACCCACAAGGUCUCCCCAUCUGUGUCAGAGGAUGCAAUAGAUUUUGAAGACACAGGGAGACUGUCAUGCACCCAUUUAACUGAGUCACAAAGCACUAGAAAAACACCUCCCCCUACCCCUGCAACAGAAUUUGAUGGGUUCACCCAGGUAGACAGUUGCACUGAGGCUUUUGAAGAAAUCUGCACUCUCUCUCCACCUGUUUUGGAAGAUGGUAGAGAUGACAAUGUUCCUAAGACGAGGCUCUUCAGCCCUUAUGUGGAAUCUCAAGACAGCAUUCUUACCACUGAAGUAGUCACUGAUGACAACCUAUCUGGCAUCACCCCAACAAUUUUGGAUGAGGAAGAUACAUUUACUCCUGAGAUGGCAGACCGUUGCACUGAGGCCUUUGAGGAGACCACAAUUAGCUAUCCAGGUGUGUCAGAGGAUAGACAAGAUAACGUCCCUGAGACAACUGAUGACACCCUAUCUAUUGUGAAUGAGGAGGCUUUUGAGGACACCUGCACUCUCUCUGGAGCUGUGUCAGAUGAUGGUGCAGUCCCUGAGUCAAGACCACCUUCCAGUCACUUUACCAGAUCAGAGGAAAGCAGGACACCUUCCCCCGUGUCGACCAUACCUACCAUUACAGAAGUAACUGAUGACACCCAAUGUGGCGCCACCUCACCCAUUUUGCAUGAGAUCACUGAGGUUGGACACAGUGUCAUUGGGACCUUGGAUGAGACCUGCACUGUCUCUCCACCUUACCCCGUUUCCCCCAUACCUACCACAACAGAAGUAUUAGAUGAAACCCUACCUGCAUACAUCACCCAAGCUAUUUUGGAUGAGGUGUAUGCGGUUACUCAGGUGGAAGAUGGUCUCACUGAGGCCUUUGAGGAGACCUGCAAAAUCUCUCCACCUGAGUCAGAAAAUGACAAAGAUGAAGUCUCCAUGCUGGAUGCAGUUCCAAGUGCCAAAAAUGAGAUGGAAACAUCCACAAGGGUGGAUGAUGAGGUAGAAAUUUCUCCAACCUUGGAGGAGACCUGCAGGCUCUCUCCAGCUGUGUCAGAGUCAGCAACAGAUGACAACCUUCUCACCUUUGCUCAAACCUUGUUAGAUGAGUUUGUAAAAGCUGAUCCUGACAUAACAAAGCCCCCUCCUGAUGUGGCAAAGAUUUGCUCUGAGGCUCUUAAAGACACGAGCAGCAUCCCUCCAGCUUUUAAAGCUUCAGCCCCAAAACCAUUGUCCAGCCACGAUCUCGAACCACAGGAUUUCAAGCACACAGUGUCCCCCUCAACAUCUACCACUGCCACAUUAAGUGAUGACACCCGACCUAGAAUCUGUGUAUCUCUUGAGAUGUCCACUACCUUUGAGGUCGCCGAUACUUGCAGUGCCUCUCCAACUGUGUUAGAAGAUACCAGAGAUUUUGAAGUCCAAGAGCAUAGACUGUCAUUCAGCCACUUACGAGAAUUAGAAGGCACUAAAGAAACACCUCCCCAUACCACUGAUAUGGUAACCCCUGAGGUUGCAGACACUUGUAAAGAGGCCUUUGAGAUCUGCAUACUCUCUCCAGCUGUAUCAGAGGAUGGUAGAGAUGAAGACGUCAUUGAGACACAUUCCCCUGUUUUCCCUGUGCCAGUCACUGCAGUAAUAACUGAAGACACUCUACCCGACAUUUCUCCAGUUGUACUGGAUCAGGUUCUGAGUACUACUAUUCAACAUGAGGUGGAUAUGUUCAUCACUGAGGUGGCAGGCGGCUGUAGCAAGGCCUUUGUGUCAGCAGAAGCUAUGGAUAAAGACUUACUUAAGACACGACCCCCCUCCAGUUGCUUUAUAUCCCCUAUUUCCCAAAUACCUACUACUACAGAGGUAACUGAUGACACCCAACCUUGCAUCACAUCUAUUUUGGAUGAGAUAGAUACAUUCACCAUUGUGAAUGCGGAAGACAGUUUCACUGAGGCCUUUGAGAAUGCCUCUCCAGGCAUGUCAGAGGAUGGUAAAGGGGAAAUCUCUGAGACAGGACCGUACACCAGCUGCUUUAUCAAGUCAGAUGAGGGUAGGCUAACCCCUUUCCCUGUUUCUGCCUCACCUACCGCUACAGAAAUUGCUGAUGACACCCAAACAGGCAUUACUCCAUAUAUUUUGGAUGAGAGGGACAGGGUCACCUCUAAGGUGGAAGACAGUUGUACUAAGGAAUUUGAGGAGACCAGUGGUGUCUCUCCAGCUGAGUUAGAUAAUGGUGAAGAUGAAGAAAUCUCUGCGGCAAGGCCGAUCUCUGUUUCUGCCUUACCUACAGCAACAGAAGUAACGGAUGACACCCAACCUGCCAUGACUCCAUCUAUUUUGGAUGAGGUGGAAAUAGUCAGUCCUACAGUAAAGGAUGUUUGUACUAAGGCCUUUGGGGAGACCAGUGGUGAAGAUGAAGUCUUUCAGACUGGACUGUCCUCCAGCCUCCUUACAAUUUUAGAGGAAACACCAUCCCCCGUUUCUGUUAUACCUACCACUACAGAAAUAACUGAUGACACUGGCAUCACCUCACCGAUUUUGGAUGGAGUAGAUAUGUUCAUCCUUGAAGUUGCUGAGGCUUUUGACAAGACCUGCACUAUCUUUCCAGUUAUGUCAGAGGAUAGUAGAGAUGAAGUCCCUGAGACAAGACCAUCCUCCAGCCAACCUUUUUCUGUUUACCCUAUUCCUACCAUGACAGUAGUAACUGAGCACACCCAACCUGUCAUCCCUCCAGGUGUUUUGGAAGAGGCAGAUACAUUAACUCCUACAGUGGAAGACAUUUGCACUGAGUCUUUUGAAGAGACUAAUAUCUCUCCAGCUGAGAGAGAAAUCUCCCCUACACCUUCUUCCGAAACAAUACCUGACGAAACCCAACAUGGAAUCUCUCCAAGUGCUGCGGCUGAAGAAGAGAUAGAAACAUCCACCCUUGAGGCAGAAAACAUUUCUCAGACCUUUGACGAUACCUGUGGGAUCUCUCAAGCUCCGUCUGAGUCAGGAAAGGAAAACCUUUUAAGUUUUGCUCAAACUUUGUUGGAUGAGUUUAUAAGAGCUGAUCCUAAUGCAUCCACGCCCCCCCCUGAUUUGGCAAAGAUUUGCUCUGAUGCGCUUAAAGACACCGUCAGUAUCCCUCACGGUUUGAAAACAUCCGUCUCAGGACCAUCCUCCAGCCACUAUACUGGAUCACAAGAUGUCAAGUACACAGCCACCCCUGUUUCCUCAACACCUAUCACUGCCAUGUUAAGUGACACCCAAAUAAGAGUCUGUUUAGCUGUCCCCCCAGAUGUGUCAGAGGAUACCAGCAAUAUUGGAGUUGUAGAGAAUAGACUGUCAUUCAGCUACUCCACUGAAGCAACUGCAGCAACUUCAUCAACUACUGUUGCAGUGGAUACGUUCACCCUUGAGGUGGUAGAUGGUUGCACUGAAGUCUUUGAGACAGCACCCUCCCCUGUUCUCCACAUUCCUGCAACUGUAGAAAUAACUGACGAUAUUCCAUCAGGCAUUACCCCAGCCAUUUUGGAGGGGGUUCUGAGUACUUCUACUCAAGACGAAGUAGAUACAUUCAUCCCUGAUGUGGAAUUCAGUUGCACCAAAGCCUUUGAGGACAUCUGUAGUAUUGCUCCCGCUGUGUCAGAGGAGGGCAAAAAUGAAGGUGUUGAGAUAAUUACAGGGUUACAGGAUAGCAUGUCAACAUCUUCCCCUGUUUCAGCCAUACCUACCACUGAUGGAACCGUACCUGGCAUCACCCAAGCUAUUUUGGAUGAGGUGGAUACAUUCACUCCUAGGGUGUCCGACAGUUCCGUUGAGGCCUUUAAAGACAUCUCUCCAGCUGUGUCAGAUGAUAGUAGAGAUGAAGUUUUUCAGAAAAGACCGUCUUCCAGCAGGACAACACCUCCUGUUUCCCUUAUACCUACUACUGCAGCAGUGACUGAUGAUGCCCAAACUGGCACCACCCCUUCUAUUUUGGAUGAGGUCACCCCUGUGAUGGCAGGGAGUUGCACUGAGGCUUUUGAGGAGACCUACACACUCUCUCAAGUUGUGUCAGAGGACGGUAGAGAUGAAGACGGUCUUAUGACACAAAUCUCCAGUUGCUCCUUAGGAUCACAAGACAGCAGGACAACACCCUCCCCUACUGCACUAUUAACUACCAAUACAGAGGUAACUGAUGACACCCAACCUGGCAUCACCCCAGGUAUUUUGGAUGAAGUGGAUAGAUUUACUCCUAUGGUGGCUGACAGUUCCAUUGAGGCCUUUAAAGACACCUGCAGUAUCUCUCCAACUGCAUCAGAUGAUAGUAGAGAUGAAACGAAAGCACUGUCUUCUGGCACGACAACACCUACCCUGGUUUCCUCCAUACCUACCACUGCAGCAAUAACUGAUGUCGUCCAACCUGGCACUACAGUUAAUUUGAAUGAGCUGGAUAUGGUCUCUCUUGACGUGGCAGGCAGUUGCGCUGAGGCCUUUGAGGAGGCCUGCAGUGUCUCUCAGGUUGAGUCAGGAGAAAGUGGAGAUAAAGCUCCUCAGACUAGAUCAUCAUUCAACCUCUCUAUAAGAUUACAGGACAACAGGACAACACCUUCCCCUGUUUCCCCCAAACCUCCCACUGCAAAGGUCAUUGAAAUCACCCUACCUUGCAUUGCCCCAGUCAUUAUGGAUGAGGUGAAUACAUUUACUCCUAUCAAGGAAGACAGUUGCACUAUGGCCUUUCAGGAGACCUGCAGUAUCUCUCCAGCUGAAUUAGAUGAAGUUUCUGAGACAAGACCCUUCUCCAGCCACUCUGUCAAAUCAGAGGGCAGCACAAAAACGGCUUCCCCUGUUUCCCCCAUACCUAUCACUGAGGCAGUGCUUGUGAGUCUUGAUGUGGUGGAAACUUUCACCCCUGAGGUGGCAGAUCAUGGUUCUGAGGCCUAUGAGGAUACAUGCACUCUCUUUGAAGCUGUGUCAGAGGAUAGUAGAAAGGAAGUCCCUGAGACAAGACGGGUCUCCAGCCACUCCGUGUCAUUACAGGACAGCAGGAAAACACCUUCCACUGUUUCCCCCAUACCCAUGGCUGAAGCAGUAACUGAUGAAACUCUAUCUGGCAUCACAUCAGUUUUAGAUGAGAUAGAUAUGUUGACUGCUGAAGUGGCAGAGAGUUGUGCUGGGGCAUUUGAGGAGACCGUCAGUAUCUCUCCAGCUGAGUCAGAGGAGGGUGAGAAUGAAGUCACUGACAUAAUAUCGUCCUCCAGCCACACUAUCAGAUCACAGGACAGCGAGACAACACCUUCCCCUGUUUCCCCUCUACCUAAUGCUGCAGCAGUAACUGAUGACAUGCUACAUGGUGUCACUCCAGCUGUGUUGGAUGAGGUUCUGAAAACUGCUGAAACAGAAGUGGAUAUGUUAACCUAUGUGGUAGCAGAAACUUGCACCAAGGUCUUUGAGAACUUCGUUCUCUCUCAAGCAGAACCAGAAGUCCAGGAUGAUGGCAUUGUCAAAGACACAAUGCCAAUUUCUACCCUCACUACCAGAUUACAAGAUAGCAGGACAACAUCCUCCCCUGUUACCACCAUACCUACCACUGCAGAGGUAUCUGAUGACAACCUACCUGGCAUUACGUUUGCUCUUUUAGAAGGGGUGCUGAGUGCUCAUCCUCAAACUGAUGUGGAUUUGUGCACCUCUGAAGUAGAAGAAAGUUGCUUUGAGGCCUUUGAGGAGAUCUGCAGUCCAAGUGUGUCAGAGGAUGAAGGAGAUGAAGUCUCUGAAAGAACUCCAUCCCUUAGCAUCAGUGGUGCAUCACAGAAGAGGGACACGGCUUCCCCUGAUUUCCUUGUUCCUACUACUUUAGGAAAAACUGAUGACAAACUAGCUUGUAUUAUUCCAGUAACAAGAUCGUCUUCCACAGUUUCCCCUUUAAAUCUCACUCCGACACAAAUGGAGGCUUCUUUAUGCAGCUUUUCCCAAGCAAUCUUAAAUGGGCUUCUGAAGACUCUUGCUGACAAUGACAUGACAUUCACCCCUGAAACAGUUGUGGCAGACAGUUGUUCUCAUACCCUCAGUAGGAUCAUGACUCAAAUGAAUCAGGACAAACUGAGAACAGGAGGUAAAACCAAGGGGGCAUGUUAUUCACACUCUUCUCACGAGACACCCUCCAUCACACCUGAGUUGCAGAAAAGGGAGAAGUCCUCUGUGUGGAGAAAGGUUUUUGGUUUUGGCCAGAGCUACAAGAUCCAUCCACUUACACAGGAAGAUUCAAAAGAAUAUUCCCGCUCUCCUUUAGUGACAUCCUCCACCACAGAGGACCUUUUCCUGUCUGAAGAUGAAACUCAGGAAUUUCCAAAAAAGAAGACAUCUGUAUGGAGAAAGGCUUUUGGUUUGGGGCGCAGCAGCAAGAUCCAUCCACUUCAACAUGAGGAUUUAAAAGAAUAUUCUUUUUCUCUAGAGACACCCUCCACCAUUGAGGACCAGUUCCUGCCUGAAGAUGAACUUCAUGAAUUACAGAAAAAGAAGAAGACAUCGGUGUGGAGAAAGGUUUUUGGUUUGAGGCGGAGCAACAAGAUCCAUUCACUUCCACAUGAGGAAUUAAAAGAAUCAGAAUCAGAAUCCUGUAUCUUUUUAAAAGAGAAAGAGGACAAGCCCAAGUCCAAACAAAAUUGUUGCCUGCAGCUACUCUGUCGGUGCUGCUGUCCCUCAGAAAACUCUUCGUAACCCCAACCUGACCUGGACUGCAGCCACCUCUCUUCUCAUCCCAUAUCCAACAGUUCUAGUCUAAUGCUCAUCCACAAAGAUCCCAGUCCUGCACUAACUCCUCCCCCCCCCCCAGAUUCACUCACUACCUAUAAUUUGUCAGUGAUGGGGAAAGUACUGGACAUGUUUCCUUCGUGGUCAGUCAUGUCAUUGUGUGAUGUUAGCAUUGCUACCUCAAAGAGUGUUUUUGGGUCAGUCCAAACUGACAGUUGAUACCUACACGUCACUUUAAUGCAGUUCGACUAAAGGCGCUUCUGUGUGGAAUUUGCAUAGUCAUGAUCCAGCUCUUAGAUCAUGAUGGUUAAAGGAAAGAGGAACAAUUGGUGGUGUUUUAAAGACAUUUUUUAUUACAAUAACAAAAUCUAUACAAUAACUAAACAUAGUGUGUCAGUCAGUAUCAUCAGUAAUGUAUGUGUGGAUGAGUGACCAUCAUGUGGUGGGGGAGUGUUCUGUGAAUAAAUGAAGCUAGAAGAAAAAGGCUGCAGCCACCGGUCAAUCCAGACUGGGAUUUGAACUAGGGAUUUGAAGCUUGAUGUUUUCCUGUGCUCUGCGUCGGGCUGAUGCCAGAUCCUGUUUCUUCCUUCAACAACCAUAAUUGAAGAGUGCUGAGGAACCAUCAGGCCAUCACAGCAAGUUUGUUUCCUUGCACACGUGGGUUCUCUCCAGUAGAAGAUCUGGCUAUUUGAUUGGAGAGACAUUUUUAUGCUGCAUGCUCAUCCCAACCCAACCCUCCCAUUCAUCCAGGCUUGGAACCAGCACGAGGAGUACACUGCAUGUGGCCCAACUAUUUGCUCAGCGACAGCCCAGCCUGCCUCUUGACCUGGCGGGAACUAUCUGGGAACCCUCUGAUUGCAAAGUUCCGUUUCUGCUCGGCUAUGGGCCACCCCGUUUUUGUAGUAAAACAAAUUAAAUAAAAUGUAAAGAUUCACAGAUACUGAUACUGCUACUAUUAUUGUAAUGGGGUAGAAUACAUGUUUUAUUUAUGUUUGACAUACAUUUGACAAAUCUUUACUAACCUAACUCGACAACUUUACAAUGACCCGAGGAACGCCUAGUGUAAAAGUGAACACAAUUAAAUAAAUCUACAGUCAGUCUGAA